UCCUCCCUCAGGGGCGGGGACAAACGGGGUACAAAAUGGCGGCCAGCCGCUACCGACGUUUUCUUAAGCUCUGUGAGGAAUGGCCAGUGGACGAGACCAAACGGGGCCGGGACCUGGGCGCGUACCUGCGGCAGCGGGUAGCGCAGGCCUUUCGGGAGGGAGAGAACACCCAGAUUGCAGAGCCUGAGGCCUGUGAUCAGAUGUAUGAGAGCUUAGCACGGCUCCAUUCAAACUAUUACAAACUCAAGUACCCUCGCCCAAGAGACACAAGUUUCAGCGGCCUGUCCCUGGAAGAGUACAAGCUGAUCCUGUCCACAGGUGGAGCCAGGCGGAAAGGGCCCUGUUUAGAUGCUGGAUGUGCACAGAGGCUGCUGCAAGGACGCAGUGCGCUCUGCACGGUCCUGAUACCUUGGACGAGUUUAAGGAUAUGAAUAAAGGCAUGUGGAAGAAACUGCAGGAGAAGUUUGCCCCCAGGAGUCCUGAGGAGAAGCAUAAGGCCUGGGCUCGGGCCUUAUCGCGCCCACGUACCUAAGCGUGAA